CAACAGGCUAUCGAGGCUUACAAACAACAUUGCUGAAUGUACAGCAGUUGUGGUGGUGCAAUCCGAUUAGUGAUGUAGUUUACCAGUAUAGGGUGUUCCAUAGUAAACCAUUGCUGGACCCACCCUCGUACGUCAUCACUUAAUCAGUGUGGAGCAGCUACUCUUCCUGACUUUACUGUCUCCGCUGUGAAGGUGGGCUACGUAUUUCAAACAAGACCCCUGCUAUGAGUUAUCCCGGAUAUCCUCAGCCUGGUGGCUACCCCCCACAGCAAGGGGCCUACCCACCCCAACCAGGGGCAUAUCCACCCCAGGCUGGAGGUUACCCACCCCAGGCUGGAGGUUACCCCCCCCAGGCCGGUGCCUAUCCACCCCAAGCUGGGGGCUAUCCUCCUCAGGCCGGGGGCUAUCCUCCUCAGGCCGGGGGCUACCCUCCCCAGGCCGGGGGUUAUCCUUCCCCUCAAGGGGGUUUCCCACCCCAGGCUGGUGGAUAUCCAGCCCAGCCUGGCGGUUUCCCACCCCAGCAGGGUGGCUAUCCCGCUAUGGGCCCCGCAGGUGGUUGGGGUGGUGCACCUGGAUAUGGAGCACCAGGAGGAGCCAUGCCACAGGGAUACCCAGGCGGCCCUGCCCCAGGAGGAGCCAUGCCACAGGGAUACCCAGGCGGCCCUGCCCCAGGACAGCAGCCCAUGCCACAGGGAUACCCAGGAGCGCCCGCACCCGCGCCUAGUCCCUCCAUGCCAGGCUAUGGAGGUGGUGCCCCGGCUGGUCAAACCACCCCAGCUGCACCCGCCAUAAAUAGGGGAUACCGAGGCUCUUUGAAGGACUACCCAGGGGCAGACCCACUGAGAGAUGUGGAAGUUCUCAGGAAAGCCAUGAAAGGAUUCGGCACGGAUGAGAACGCCAUCAUUGAACUCCUUGGAAGUCGUACCAGUAAGCAGAGAGUGCCAAUGGUGGCGGCUUACAAAACCACUUACGGGAAAGACCUCUCCCAUGACUUGAAGUCUGAGCUCACUGGAAACUUUGAGAACCUGGUGAUGGCCAUGGUUCAGACCCCAACCCAAUUGGAUGCAUCUGAGAUGAGAGAAGCCAUUAAGGGAGCAGGAACUGAUGAGCCAUGCCUUAUUGAGAUCCUGUCGUCUCGCAGCAAUGCCGAGAUCCAAGCGAUUAAUCAGCUCUAUAAAUCAGAGUACGGCAAGUCUCUGGAGGACGCUAUCAGCAAUGACACCUCGGGACAUUUCCGCAGGCUCCUGAUUUCUCUGUCUCAGGGUAACCGUGAUGAGAGAGAAACUGUGGACAUCUCCAUGGCCAAGCAGGAUGCUCAGAAACUGUAUGCGGCCGGAGAGAACAAAACGGGAACAGACGAGUCCCAGUUCAAUGCCGUUCUGUGUGCCCGCAGCAAGCCACACCUGAGAGCAGUCUUUCACGAGUACCAGCAGAUGUGUGGGCGCGAGAUUGAGAAGAGCAUCUGUAGGGAGAUGUCUGGGCAUCUGGAGGAUGGCAUGGUUGCUGUUGUGAAGUGCAUCAAGAACACCGCUGGUUAUUUUGCUGAGAGGCUUCACAAAGCCAUGGCGGGUGCGGGCACUAAGGACCGCACACUGAUCCGGAUCAUGGUGUCCCGCUCCGAGGUGGACAUGCUGGACAUCCGACAGGAGUACAUGCGGCUGUACGGGAAGUCCCUGUACACCGCCAUCUCUGGUGACACCUCCGGUGACUACAAGAAACUUCUUCUGAAGCUUUGUGGAGGGAGUGACUAAAGGGCGGAGAGGAGACUGCGGACACAACUGGAUAUGAUGGCAAUCAAUAUAAUCAAUCAAGUAUCAUGCAACAUUUCAUGCAUAUGUGGUUUAAUUUCAAUCUUUUUUUACAUUCUCCUUUUUAUGUUAAAUUGUUUCAUUUGGUUUCCAGGCAAACACAACAAAAUGAGUAUUUUUAACAUAUUUUGUUUAAUUUUUAUAGAAGAACUAUCAGAUCCUGUGGUGUCAUACUUGCUUAUAUUUUUCAGUAAUGAUUUUAUACUAGAACUUCACAGCAGAUAGCCAAAUAUUUCCAAGUAGUACCUUUUUUCAAUAUUUUCCAAUGCCUUUGUUAAACAAUCUGACUAUUACUUGGGCUACUACUUGUAACUUGAAUGUACAACUUAAUCACUAUUUGAAUGGACUGAUAUCCUUUAUGCAAAUUAUGGAGCUGAUUUGUGUGUCUACUUAUAUGAAGGUCAUUGUCGUGUCUAAUGUUAUGGGUUAUGUCUAAUGCAUUGGGUAAAGCCACACAGUUAGUUUCGCUUAUUGCUAUUAUAAAUGUAAACUAUACUUACCAAAGUUUGAGAAGGGUAGGAUUUGAUGACUGAAAUUUGUGUUGAGCCCCCUGAAUAUUUUUCAUCCAAGUAAAAAAAAAUGACCUGGGAAUGUCAUGGGAAUCCUGGAAAAAUCCCAUUUUCCAGACUUGAAAAAGUCGUGAAAUGUAUUGGACAUUUUGUCAUAGCAGGGGCAUUGGAGAUAUAUGAGAUAAAGUAGGUGUAUCUUAUUGUAUAGUUUAUGGAUUCAUGCAAGUCUCUCCAAUUAAGCAGUGUGGGAACAGAGAGUGAUGGGUGAAAACUAAUUUCGUCCAAUCUCGUUUCGUUGUUCGUGAAGUCUCAAUUAGGUUCCGCCCUCCAAACCCUUCAACACGUCCUCAGUAGUAUAAAUGAAUAGGAAAUCUAAUUUGGGUUGUCAGGGAAGAGCUGUCCGCCACAACCCUGUUCAAGACACGAUAAACAUUUUGAUCAGUUAUAAAACAAGUCCAAGGCAUAGUGUUUGUACCUCAUCUGAUCUGUCAACUUAUUUAGUAUGAAAUGUUGCCAAAUGUAUUGAUGAUUUUAAAUAACACUUGUCUGUACGUAUUAGUUUAUUUACUAUUUCGAAUAACUUAAGAAGACAAAAUAUAAGAAUAUAAAGUAAUAUCAUAUAUACAUAAUAUGCAUUGCUAAUAAUACUACUACUAAUAAAGUAAAGGAUAUUCUGUUAAAGAAAAACACUGAGGGUCCAGAAUCACAGGCUCAUGUGUACAGCAGCUGCUGGAAUAAAUCCUAGAGGAAACACUGUUGUAUUUAAGUCUAAUGAAAUUAAUUAUGUUAUUGUACUCUUCCAUGAAUAAUAUUUCGUUGUCUAAAUUUCUGCAGCGUGAUCCAGUUUCCACUCCAGUUUGACAGCCUAUAGCAUAUUCUUGUUUAAUUUGUAUUCAGUAAUUAGGCCCAUCAUGUCGACUAAUGGAUGCAAUUUCAUUCAGUGUCCUUAAAGUCAUGGACAAGUUUAAAAUGUUGUCAGUGAAAAUGGGUAGGAUCCCUGGCCUUCUCUAGAGUAAAGACAUUAUAUCCACGAUCAGGGAUCGCAUAUGCUUUGUGUUCACACUAUACCUACAGUAUACAACAGCAGUGAGUGCACCCCUUUGCAAUAUCACUUAAAUGUCAAACCUGUCAACAAUGGCAUUAUUUCUAAGUUGACAAGUAGACUAUUUCCUCCAAAUACUUCAGAAAGACUAUAUUGAAUAUACAGGCCCCAAAGUAGAGACUUGGUGCAACACAAUUGAGUGCACUUGUGUUUUCCAGUUAACCUAAUUGCAUGAACUGACCUGGGAACACUAGAACUUUCUCAAUUUUGGCCCUAUGGACUGUAUCUCUCAAGAAAUUCUCCAUGCCAAGGAGAGUUGAGUCUGUCUUCAAAUAUAAAUGUGGACAUAGGAAGUAUUGAAGUAUUGAUUUAUAUAGUGAAUCUAAACCUGAAUCAUUUGACAUUUAAGUGAUAUUGCACAGGGGUGUGUUCACUUCUGUUGUAACUUAUACUGUAUCAAUUCACAGUAUGUUAUGAUAAACUGUUAAACUGAAUCAUGUGGUCUGGUGGAAAUAUAUUUUUAACACUUGUGUUGUGUGCACCAGACUACAAGUAAACCAUGUUGCCCAACAGUGUCCAUAAAUGGACAUUCAAAACCAUAUCAACUUGCCAUGGGAGUUCCUUGCCAUGGAAACCUUACUCUCCUGUGGACCAGAAAGAGCUGCUGCUCUUUUUAUGUCCAGCAGGGGGCGUUCACGUCAUAUCCUGUUACCACAAGUUACCAUGCCUUCAUAAUAAUGCUUGCCUGUAUACUCACCUCAAUCCAUGUUCUGUGUUCUAACACUGCAAUAACCUGUGCCUUGUUCUGCUAAUGUUGCCAGCUUAUGUGCAUGUUACUAGCUGUGCCUUCUAAUAUAACUGUAACUUGAAGGUUAAACACUUGUAUGCGUUCAUAAUACAUGUUUGGGUAGAGUUUGUAAACAUGUAAUCAAGGUUAGAUAAUCAAAUAAAAAAGUUUUCAGAAAA